AUGAGCAAGCUUCGGCGAUGGACAUCCGAGGGUGGAACUCCUAUAGAAAAGCCUGUAAGACCAACACGCGAAGGCAGUGUCCAACUAUUUACGCCAGAAGUGCGAUGUGCUUGUCAGUUUUUUCAAUGUGAUUCACUGCUCCCCGAAAGAGUCAAUCCUGUUGGCACUAGACCGACGUCGCGAGCUAGCAAUAUUAUUUCAAAUCUGAGUGAUCACGAAUAUGAAAUCAUAGAAAAGCCACCUCCAAAUAUAAUCUAUACAGCGCCUAGCAUUACGGAGAAGCCGACAAUGGUAAAAACCGACGACGAGUUGUCAAGUACAACCUCAUUAGAACAAAAAUAUUUGCAACACACGUCUGAUGAAGAGGAGCAAAUAGAUGAUAAGGAAAAUGACGAGAAAAGUGAGGACAUUAUUAACGCCGAAACAUUACAAAAAAAUAUAGAAGAAAGGUUUUUUGUUAAUACUCCAUCUACGGCUUCAAGAACAGAAUGCGAAAUAAGCACUAGUCAAGUGGAUUCAUCAGCUUUAGAAAAGUUGCCAUUGCAACGUAGUAAUCGAUCGAAAAAUGCCGAAAAUGUAGAUAAAAAAAUUCAGCAGCGUAUUAAAGAAGGAACUGGUAAACUUAAAACGCAAGCAGGUAAACUAAAGUCAAAAAUACAAAGUAUGAAAACGAAACAGUUUUCAAUGCCCGACAGACCGAAAUUUAGUCUUCCAGAGCGCUCAAAGUUUAAAAUGCCCGAUCGACCGAAAAUCAGUUUACCCGAAAGACCGAAAUUUACGCUUCCUGACCGAAGAAAAUUUAGCCUACCUGAAAGAACAAAAUUUAGAAAAAUAAAUUUUUCAGAGAAGUUUACAAGUGGAGAUCGGAAAAAAAAUACAUUUCCAAACAGGCCUAAGUUCAAUGUACCUAACCUUUCCAAAAUAAAAAUGCCGGAGAGACCUAAAAUAAAUUUCCUAAGCUUAGGUAGAAAGAAAGAAUAUAAAAUCGAAACAGAUGUUACAGAAUCCAGUUCCGAUAUGCAGAAUGUGGCAACGGUAGACUUUGAAGCAAAGACGUAUCCAAGAUUUUUCAAUAGAAAAAAGAAGCAAGACUUACCUAAAACGUCUUCGUCUCCUACACUAAACAGGGAAGAUACACCUCCACCCACUUUUACAUUUAGUAGGGUAAAAAAGAGUAAAGAAGAACCUCCUUCAUACAUUCCUGACAGUCCUGAGCAACCACGAGAAUAUGGAACUAUUGACACUGAAAAUGACUAUGAAAAUGAAACAGACGUCAGAAAACAAUUUGAAACUACAUAUGAUUUUGAUAAAUUAAGUCCCGAAUAUAUGGAUGAGGACAUGGAACCUUCCAAUUUGAAGGAACCACGAAACUCCACAUCUAUACCUGACAUGUCAUCGGCCAAACAAGAAUACACACAUAUUAACGAAAUUAACAACGACGAAUUUUUCGUUCGACCGAGAGGAAUAUCACGCGAAAAUAUUCAAGUUAGAGAGUACUUAAGUGACGAAAUACGACAAGCAUUUAAUAUUCCACAAAACGUCCUCGCUUCUAUGGGAAGUAGUUCUGAGAUACAUGAUGACCGUAUGUAUGCCAAUGAAACCGAAGCAGAUCCAGAGUUAUUGAUGGACGAAAAUGAUCCCAUGCGUUAUUCGACAGAAGACGUCAAUGAUAGAGACGACGGUUACUAUACAUUCCCACCUGUUAGACCAUCUAGGGCAAAACGAAAGAAGAAGGAAACUGAAUCGAUCAAAUAUAUCGAUGACAGUGUAAACGCGAGUAUGCAGUUUAGCGAAGUCGAUUUAGGACUACCGGAAGAUCAAAUAGAAGAACAGCCUUCGGAUGUUAAUAUUUCCUAUGAAAAUGAAGCAACAACGAAUUAUCGACCAGAGUUUACACCUUCAACCGAUCUGCGUUCAAUUCAUGAGUAUGCUAAUGAUGACAUAAUUGAAUACCCUGACAAUAUGCUGGUGCUAUCACAAACAUUACCCAUGCCACCAAAAAGGAAGAAAAAGUUCGGCAAAAAGGAUCUUAAGCAUUCUUCGUUGAAUGACUUUAAGAGUAUAACGCCGACCCAGCUGUGGGAGGAACGCCAAGAAGAAGCAGACGAUAUAAUCGUUUAUCGCACACAGCAUGAGUACAUCGUACCACAAGCUGAGACAACAACCGAACAUAGUCCAGUUCCUCCCAGAAGAAAUCGUUCAAGAAGUUCUCGCGGUACUUCCCUAUGCGACGAUGACCGUACGUCACAUGGCGCCGAGUCCCUUACCAUGGAUACUCAUUUACCACCAGCUGAUAUAAUUGAAAACGAAAAACAGACAAGACAAGAAAGCCCCGGAUACGCAACUGUAGACAAAAGCUCAUAUGCACCACACAAAGGUGUCAGACGGUCUAAAAGUAAGACACCACCAGUACGGCGUCGUAAAAGCAAUAGUUCUGAAAGAAAGUAUUACACAGUGGGGCCUACUAAAGAGCCAGUUCCUAAUCGUCCACCGCGGAAGAAAUCCUCAACUAGCUUAAUGACAUUAGAUAGUUUUACUAAGCGGUCCGUCAGUGGAGAUAUUACUCAAUAUGUAGAAAUUGAAGAACCACAAUUCGAAGAAGUUCACAAGGAUUUAAUAUCUGGAGAAGUUGUUAAAAAAAUGAAAGAUAGACCACUUCCCCCGCCACCCAGACCACCCAGAGGCCCGAAGAGAAAAAAAAAGUUUGGUGAAGGAUCAUUAGAAUUAAUAUCGACUGAAUUUACUUCACCUUCGGAAAACUUCCCUCGACUUUCACCUGAUCCAAUGAGAUCAGAGGAUGUAAUAGAAAUAGAAGUUUCAACUCAAACAGAUCCGCUACCGGACGAUGUCGACUUUGAGUUUGGUUUGGAUGAAAAUCUUGAUAUUUCAAUGUCCAGUUCCCUAAGAGACAUUAUUGAUGAAGAAUCUAUGGUAGGUAGAGGAAGAAGAAAGGUUUCAGAGAGUUCGCGAAUUUCUCGCACUGCUUCGCGAUCUGAAAAAUCUUUAAAGCUUUCAGAUCCUAAAAUAUCAGAAAUUUCGAAGACAAACAUUGACCGUUCAUCGCCUACGGUAAUUUUGGUCGAAAAACGAGUAUCUAGUCCAACAAAAAUCAAUGAACAUGAAGAAAUGUUAACUGAAGCCUCCUUGACUGUAAAACAUAUUGAUAUAGAUGAAUCAAAAGUACCCGAAGUGCCUCCACUUCCAAAAUCAAAAGGGACACCCGCUUGUACGAGCCCUUCAAAAAUAAUUUCACCAAAUGAAGAACGAAAUCUUCAACGAAUGUCUGAAGGUUCUAAGGAAGUUCAGUUAGAUAAUUUAGUCACACAACGGCUUCAAGUGAAAGAUUUAGAUGUUGGCAGACUGAAUGUGUCUGAACUACAAGCAAGUAAGAUUUUAGUAUCUGAUAUAGAAGGAAUGACUUUGCAAGUGAGUGAAUUGGAUUCGAAAUCAGGGCAUAUUUCCGUAAGUGGUAUUGAAUUUUCUCAAUCAGUCAUUGACGAAAUUGUUAAAAAGUUUGCUGAGAUAUCUACAACCAACGUCCCAGUGAUAUCUCUUAGCCAAGAUGUUGGUAUUGUACCAAGACCAGUUAGUAGAGAGGAACAUACUCAAACAGAAGUGCAAACUGAAGUCGCGAAAAGUGAGGUAAAAGCUGAGCCCAUUAUGGUAACAACAGACUGUCAAACUGAAGCAUCUCCACCGCCAAUAAAACCCACGACUGGUGAUGAUUCUGCUAUACCACCUCAAAGACCACCUCCGCCUGACUUAAGCCCGCUCUUGUAUUCAUAUUUACAGGAUAUAGCAUUGCCAUCGACAAGUCUGUAUCCUCGUUCUUUUCGUGAAAGGCCGAUUAUAGAUUACACUGAAUCUCACCAUCAAUCUCCUCCACCUCCAACACGAAGAGUAAAAAGGAAGCCUGCUGCCCCUCAGGCUAGUGAAUCUAGUUCAGAUGAAAAUAGACCACGACCUUCGCCAAGGCGAAUGCCACCUCCAGUCAAGCCUCAUGAACCCUCAGUUACAGAAACGGGAGCACAGUUUUUACGGGCUUGUCAUAAUUCAAUUACUAGAACUAUAAGAAAUAUUUUCAAUGCAUUUAUGUCUUACAUUCACGGUCACGAGAAUAAAAAAGACGUGCAAAUGGCGUUGGUUAUAUUUCUGGUCUUGAUUGCUGGUUUGAUUAUGUUUGGGCUCAGCGACAGCCGGACGGUUCAUCAUCAUCAUUGGGAAUUCUUCAAUCCACCUGAUGGUAAUCAAUGA